AUGUAAGAUAAUAGUAUAUUCGGAAUCAUUUAAGAAUCUAAUUGGAAUUCUGUGUGUUUUACCCUCAAAUGUCAGAGAUUAUAUGUUUGCAGCCAUCAAACUCCUACCAGGAACACUAUUCAAAUGACCAACAGGAAUAGUAUUAAUGUAUAGGAUAAAUGGAUCAAGUACAUAAAUAUUAACACUUACACUCAUGAUACUGGGUAAAGCAUUUUUUAAUUUUAGAUUAAUCUAUUGAUAAUACCUUUUUGGUCAUUUUUUUAGCCUUGUGUGAUUUCUUUUAUUUUAUUAAUCAAAGAUAAAUUCAGUUAAAAUUAUAAGUCCUUUAUUUCAAACUUGGACACCUUAAAUAUUGGAUGAUUGGCGAUUUGGAUUAGAAUAGAAUCCUGGAAUUUAGAAUGUAGACUUAAAAAUAUAUUUUUACGAACCAUUAUUAGACAGUUAUUAAGUGUAUCAUUUGCUGAAAACUAAUAUACUACUUAUUAGACAUUAUCAAUAAACAUGAUUCUAUUCAGUUUUUGCUUUAUGAGGCCUAUUACUCAUUAUAUCAGAGAAGAUUUUAUGUUAUAAACAUGGGAUAUCAUAGCAAAAAACUUUGGGUUUAUGUUUGUUUGGGGAGAUAUUGUAUAUUUACUUCAUCUCUCUUGUAUUGGAGGAUGGUGCUUGGGAGAUUUUGUGUAAAAUAGUUCAACCAUUUAUCUGAUACUCAUCACAUUAUUACAUUUGACUUCAUUGUAUAUGAACAGAGAUUCUAAUUGGCUAAAGGAUAGAUACAGAAGACUUGGAGAUUAAGCAAUAAUAUGA